AUUGGGACAUCAAUAAUAUUUUUUGGUGACAUGAGUAGCAAGUGAAAUGCAUCCAGUCGAGACUGAUCACGUGUUCAAUAUUGUUAACAACAGUGUUGUUUACAUUGGAUACCUUCAACUCAUUGCUUGGCCUAGACUCUGGACAAGCUACGAGUUUAAAGUUUGCUAUUAGUUGAUCGCCCCGACUUGAAGCGCUAGCAUUGGAAAUAUAAUUUGCAAAAGAUAAUUCAAAAUGGCAGAAAAGGCGGCACCUCAAGGGGAUCCUGAUUCCGAUGCAGAGUAUGAAGAAUUAGUAAAAAAGUUCGGAGAAUUCAAUGCCGCUUCAGAUCUUGUUAAAAAAGACAAGACGAAGUUGACAACAAAGGCGUGUGGUAAAAUGGUGAAAGAAUGUCUCAAUGGUGAUUUUGGGAAAUACAAGGUUUGUGAAAGGACCGACGCCAGCGUUUUCCCCGCAGUGAAACCUACACGUCAAAAAGAUAUGCCUUUGAACAAGGAAACUGUCAAAAAGUUUUGUUAUAAACUUGGACAUGAGAUGGCUAAGGAAAAACACAAGUCAAAGUCAAGCACUCUAAAAGAAAAUGACAAGGAGUGUCAAGAAUGCAGGCACACAAUCAAAAAACUCUUUAGAGAAACAAAACCAGGCAAUUCAGGAACGAAAGCGUCAAAGACCGGUGGCGUGGACCGGUUGACAGAUACCAAACAUUACACUGGGAGUCACAAGGAAAGGUUUGACGACACUGGAAAAGGAAAGGGGAAAGAAGGACGUGAAAAUCUCCAUGCAAAUGACGGAUAUGUGGGACAGUACAAAAAUAAAGAUUCUUACGACAAAAAGAAGAAAUAGAAUUGAACAAAAACAUAGCCCUUGACGGUUUCUGUUAUACAUUGUAUUUUAUUCUAUUAUAUGGAUGUGUUUGGUUAAAAUGUAUAUUAAUGUAGUUUUGACUUUAUAUAAAAUUAAUUUAUUGUACUCUUGAAGUUACUUCAAAUUGUGCACUUAAUAAAUAAGUACAAAGAGUUCAGUUUUGAAAUGUGUUUGACAGAUAUGAUUCAUAUAUUGAGGUACAUUUACACUUAUUGGUAAUGCUUGUAUUUUUUGUUGUUGCUUUUUUAAAAUGUUUUUUUGUGGUUAUUUGGAUUUCUCUGCAAUAUCAGUUGCGACUGCAUUUCAUCCAAUGUGAUGUGUUGAAUAGCGUAUUCAUUGACGUCACUAUUGUAAUGACGCAUGCUACCGGAAAAUCAUUAACAUUUUUGUUUCGUGAUUUUUUUAUUCUAUUUCGUACAGACCUUAUAUAUACUGUUUAGAGACUAUUUUGAUGUAAUUAAUACAAAAAAUGCACAACUUACACGUUUAUAUUCGAAUAAAAUGGUGAUGUACAUUUAGGAAGUAAAUAAUAACUGUUUGCAUAUGCGUAAAUAAAAUUUAACAAUGUGUUAAGAAAAUAUAAUAAAAAUGUUGUCCAUAAUCUUAAAAAUGAUAGUAUAUCUCGAAAACCUUUUGAUACUUACUUUGAUAAAAAAAAAUUUGGAAGUUAAGAACUAAAAGCUAAAGAAUUAUUUACAUGAUUAUUAUUUAUAUUAUACAACAUUUGACUGAAUUUCAAUAAAAACAUCAUUUGUUCA